CUGCUUCUGGGUUUUUUUCUCCGUUAAACUGUAGUUGGGCUAGGGUCUUGAGCUCCGUUCCUCAACAAUGGCGGUUUCUUUGAGAAGAAAACUCGUGUCUUCCUUCUAUUAAAAAAAAAGUUAACUUUCCCCUUUUUUCUUCUUCCUUUCUACUUAACUUACAAAUAGAAAAUUUCUGAAAAAUGUGUUGCAAGUUAAGCUUGUGAAAGUUUCGAUUUUUCGUUUUGGGUUCUUCAAUUUUUUUAAGUUUAUAGACAAUAAUUUAACUUUUUAGAUUAUAGGUCCGUUGGGAGUAAAUUGGAAGCUAAGUUAGUGUCUUUUUGAUCUGUUGUAAGUUUGGUGAGCAAUGAAUCGAAGUUUUAGGGCAAAAGAGUCUCUAUUGCUGGAUUCAGCAGAGAGGCAAAGGCAACAGCUUAGGGCUUCUAUGAUGGCUGAGAAAGAUGAAGAGCUUUCUUUGUUUCUUGAGAUGAGACGGCGUGAGAAAGAGCAGGAUAAUCUCCUUCUUAACAAUAACCCUGAUGAGUUUGAAUCUCCAUUAGGUUCAAAGCCUGGAACUUCACCAGUGUUUAACAUCUCAAGUGGUGUUCCACCACCUCGGAAGACAGCUGCUCCUGAUGAUUUUCUUAAUUCUGAAGGCGAUAAAAAUGACUAUGAAUGGCUUCUGACUCCUCCAGGUACUCCUCUAUUUCCAUCGCUGGAGAUGGAAUCACAUAGGACUAUGAUGAGUCAGACUGGUGAUUCAAAGAGUCGCCCGGCUACAUUGACUUCUAGGCUGGCGAAUUCCUCAACAGAGCCUGCUGCAAGGAACCAUCUAACAUCUAGACAACAAACUUCUUCUCCUGGAUUGAGCUCUUCAAGUGGAGCAAGUCGAAGACCUUCAUCGUCUGGAGGACCUGGAUCAAGACCUGCCACACCCACUGGAAGAUCAUCAACACUGACGACAAAUUCAAAAUCCUCAAGGCCUUCAACACCCACUUCGCGAGCUACUGUCUCCUCAACUACUCGACCUUCUUUGACUAAUUCUAGGUCCACAGUAUCUGCAACAACUAAGCCCACUCCUAUGAGUAGGUCAACUAGUUUAUCAUCUAGGCUCACACCGACUGCAUCUAAGCCGACUAUUUCAACUGCUAGAUCUGCUAGUUCAGCAACUAGAUCUACCCCCAGCACCGCCACAAAAUCUGCAGGUCCUUCAAGGUCCACAACACCUCUGUCAAGAUCUACUGCCAGAUCUUCAACACCAACUUCAAGACCCACACUUCCUCCAUCUAAAACCAUAUCAAGG